AGCUGCGCCGCCUUCAUCGGAUACUACCUGCAGAAUAUGCUGGCAUCUGGAUACGUGUUCAGACAUGCAGGGAGAAUAGCCGUGUGAUUAGGUUCAGGCUCAGGCUAGCAUGUCACAGGCUGUCGUUGCUUGCUUCGCCGAUUCUCUGUAGCAGUCAUGCCAUCUUUCGGGCUUCGGUCCAGCUCUGAAGAGGACGUAUCUGGUCUCGGCCGUCGCUUAUCAUCAGAUCCAACUCCUUCUAGCACAACUUCAUCCGAAUUGGUUCCGGAAUCACAACCCACCGCAGAUCCACUAUCCACCCCAGAUCCACUAUCCACCCCAGAUCCACUAUCCACCCCAGAUCCACGAUCUACUCAAGAUCCACAGUCUAUUCCACCAGGGUCGGCGCUACCUAAGUCGGAUGGAGAUUCUCAGCCUGCAAGAGUCAGCUGCACUGCUAUACAGUCAGAUUCGAUUCGAUCUCGCUCACCAACCUCCGAAAUCUCGUCUCAACCUGGUGUUGAGCCAGCAGCAGCUGUUUCUCAAAUGGCGUUCAAGAGAAAAUCUGAUCGGACAAGCGAUGUGCCAGUGAGCACUGGUGGUUUGGCAGCCGCGACACGACCUGAUCCUUUCAGUGCUGGUGUUGCUGUUAGUGCCAGCGGUAGACCCAGCCUUGGCGUCGUGCAUUCUGCCGGCCUUCCAGGAGCAUCAGAGGAACAGGAGGAAGGGAAUCAGCUGGAGCGCCAGUCAACGCCAGCAGCACAGGCGGAACAUCAGCAGCAACAGCAACAACUAGAGCAGCAACGCCAGCUGCAAAAACAGCAAGAGGAGAAGCUACAGCAGGAGCGGCCCAGUAACCUCCCAAUCCCAACCCCAGUGCCUUUCACCUCCAACCAGCCGUCAUCCGCAGGUUUGGACGCACCUGCUAAACCUUCUACUUCCCAGCCGGCAAAUCUCGUAUCCGCUACUAUCGAGUCUGCCAUUAUAGAGCCAAAUGCGCCUUUUUUGGUGAUGGAGGCCAGUGGAGGGGGGCUGGAGCUGUGGGGAGUAGGAGCGGAGGGGUCUUCCUCAGGGGCUCGUGUGUCCCGUGUUGUGGCGAAUCUGUCUCGCACCUACCGCUUUGCUGUUGAGAGGAGCAUGCGCCAGACAGCCCAACUGGUGCCGCCACAACAGCAGCCAUAUCAGCAGCCACAGCAGCCGCUGCCGCCACAGCAGCCACAGCAGCCACAACAGCCACAUCAGACACAGCAGCAGGCACAGCAGGCACAACAGCAGCGGCAGCAGCAGCCGCAGCAAGGGAAGGGUUGCAGUGAGCAGAAGACCGUUGGGGUUGCGACUGGGGCUUCUGCAGCGAGGAGCAACGGCCAAGCGAGUUGCAGUCCAAGCCAGGUUACCAGCCAAGUUACUACGCAUGUUCCUAGCAACCCGAGCCAUGUUACAGCACAUGUUACCAGCUUUGGUGGAGAGGAUAGUUGGGAGGCUCUGGUCGCUAGUGAGGCAGCGGAAACGGCAGGCAACCUUGAGUCUGCGCUGCUGGACUUGUCAGAGUCGCUGCUGCUCUUCCUGCCACAGGCCGACCGGACUGCAGAAGAGGGUCUAUCCGUGGAAACAGCUGCUGGUGCGGCUUUAGGCGCCCCUGAUUCUGGAGCAUCUGCCCGUGUGGCUGUAGGCUUUCCUGCUGCUGGAGCAGCUGCCCGUGUAGCUGUUGGAGCCCCUGCUGCUGGAGCAGCUGCUGGUGUGGCAAGAGCCCCUGCUGGAGCAGCUGCUGGGGCGGUUUCAUCGCACCUGCCUGUGCCGGCUGCUUCUCCUUCUCCCCCCCUUCCGCCUCCCCCGUUGGCCUCUCUCUAUUCGGCGAGCGCACUGAACCCCUCGCUUUUGGAGUGUGGAGGAGGGGAUUUCCCUCCUCCUCUUCCCUCGCAUCCUCCCCCUCCUCCUCGUCCUCAUCCGUCUCCUCCUCCGCCAUAUCCUCAUGACCACUAUCACCCUGGUCAUCACCCACCCCCCAAUUCUCAUCCCCAUCAUCAUCCUCCUCCCCAUCCUCCUCCUCCCCCCCACCAUCCUCCUCCUCCUCACUAUCCUCCCGCUCAUCACUCUCCCCAUCAUCCUCAUCCCAAUCAUCUUCCUCCCCCUCACCACCACCCUCCUCCUCCUCAUCCCCUUUCUCCUCCCCCUCACCACCCCCAUCCCUCGCAUGACCCCUUCCCACACCACCAUCCAUACCAGCAUCAUUAUUUCCCCCCUCCACCUUUCGAUCAUUACCCAGCCCCCCAUCCUCCGCCUCCUCCGCAA